AGCAGAGACACCGAGCAGAGAUCACAGAGGAGUGAAGAGACAGAAAGAGAGUUUUCCCUGUGGAGGGAGAGACCGAUCGUCUUCAGCUUUGAAUCAGGAUGCUUGUUCUCAUCUGGGCGACUCUGCUCUUCUCUGUGAGAGGCAACAGUGCUGAUGCAGGUUCCUCUCCUACAGGAAAAAAAUGCUGCCAAAAUACUCAUCACUGUAUCCUCAUUCAAGAGACAGAAAUAACAUCAGAGGCUGGACUCUGUGUUGUGAUACCGUGCUCUUUCACUGUUGCUGCUGGUUUUGAUGUCAAAAGUGUAAUUUGGUACAAAUGUGAUCCAGCUGAUAAAAAAGAUUGUAAAUCUGACACACCGAUAUUUAACUCCAGUAACAACGGAAAUGCUCAGUCUGGGUUUAGAGGACAAGUGUCACAGUUGGAGCCUGACAUGAGUCAGAAAAACUGCAGCAUCAUCAUCAAUGACCUGAUGGAGUCAGACUCUGGAUCAUAUCGACUAAGAGUUACCGGUCCCCCGAAUCAGAAGACGGAUGACUGCACAUUCAAUUCUAAAGCAACUAUCAAAGUUACAGCUCUGACUCAGAAGCCCGAGGUGACGAUUCCUCCACUGACAGAGGGACAGCAGACCACACUGACCUGCACUGCUCCUGGUCUCUGCUCUGGAUCUGAUCCUCAAAUCACCUGGACGUGGAGAGGAGCAGGAGAGAAAGGCUCCCACAUCACAGGAAACAUCACUGAUUUCAAGACUGAGAGUCUGACCGCUGUCACACAGAGACACAGUUCAACUUUGACCUUUAACGCUUCAGCUGAACACCACGGCACCAGUGUCACCUGUAAGGUCAGCUUCACAGGAAACGCUACAACAGAGGAGACAGUGACUCUGACCUGUGAGUAG